UAGAUAUUUAGUAGAACUAUAAACAUUCUUUAAAACGAAAGUAAAACGAACGAUUUAAACUUACUUAGUAACGGAGUCAGCAAUAUGAAAUACAUCACUAUCCUGGGAUUAAUUGGCAUUUGUGCCUUGGGUAGUAGUGUGGCCAUGGUACCACCACACAAUAAUCCUAUUGUUAUACCCACACCACCGCCACUACCGACAUUGGCUCAGGAUUUAGAUGAAAUUGUGCGCAUGAUACCCAUGCUGCCCAUACGACAGUUGGCGACACGUUACCUGCUCAACGAUGAACAAUUCCAGGCUUUUGUACGCAUUAUCAACUCCAACGAUGCCUACAUAACACAAAUGCGUUUCCGUUCUCAACCAGAGGUGAUGCGUUUCAUUACCUGGACACGUACGCAAAUUCUGCUGUCCGGUGGCGAGCUGCAAUUGGAAGAAUCUGAAGAGUUUUUGAGCAUUAUCAAUCGUACUCCCUUCUGGUCUAAUACCGUUUUCGGUUGGCAAGGUUUUGUCAAUGAGUUCCUUCUCUACUAUCCUGAGGAUAUGAUACGUACCCAUGUACAAAUGAAAGUUGCUCAAAAUGGCAUUUUGGCACAGUUUGUUCAACGUUUGAAAACCUUGAAAUCAGUUUAUGAUCGUGUCACAGCCUUGCCCGAAGCUCAACGUGUAAUUGCUGCUUUGUCAGCUAAUGGCAUCGAUACAAUUGCCUUGGAUACAUUCAUUCGCAAUCAAUUUGGUUGGCAACAUCCUCCAACUGUAGCUCCAACCAGUACCACAGCUGCUCCAGUAGUUAGCUCUACUACAGCAGCUGCUGCUGCUGAUGUUUCUUCGACCACUGCUGCUCCCGUGUCUUCGACAGCUGCUCCAGUUGUUUAAGUUGAAAUAAGUAUGUGACAUAUUGACUUUUAAUUGACUUCAAUGUGAAAAACUUUUAAUAAAAUGCACUAAAAAAUUA